AAUGGAGAGAUAGAGUAUGUGGAUAGUUUAAGCUAUAUAUAUUGUGGUUUUACUUAUUAUGAAUCAUCAUCGUUUGUGAGUGAUGGAAACGGCGGAGUGCCCUGUAUGUCUGCAGGAGUUCUCGGGGGAAAAGACAAUCCCACGCGUCCUUGGGUGUGGGCACUCCGUAUGCGAGUGUUGCCUGGUGGAGCUUCCGAAACCAGCAGCGUUCCCUAACACCAUACGCUGCCCCGCUUGUACUCAGCUCCUCCCCUACACCACCCCUUAUGCCCUCCCCAAAAACAUAGACCUGCUCCGCCUCCUCUCUCCAAACCCCAAACCCAAACCCAAACCCAAACCCCACCCCCACCCCCACCCACACCCCCCUGCAGCAGCAGACAAUCUCUGGCCUCAUGAUUUUUUCUCUCACUGGAAGGAUUGGAUCGCCCCUGACGGCAAGGCUGUAUGUUCCAAGGCCUCCUCCUCCCUGAAAACAAAUAAUCUGGUGAGUCUGUUUAAGAUAGCACACUCUGAGAAUGAGAAUGAGAAUGGGAGUAGAUUCUUCAACUACAGCUACCUCGCCAAAGCUAUGUCCAUCUUGUUUCAAAUGGGGGAUGGAGCCUUAGCUCAACUCGACUUGAUUCUUACCUCAACUUUGAUGGAACAUCGGAUUUGUUCUGCUUCUGGCUUGUGGUAUAACAGCCAGGAUCAUAGUUUGUAUCUUGCGUGUCAAAGGAAACAGACUACUUUGUUCAAUUCGGACAUCCAACCUCAUAUAUCAUCUACCUUUGCUAUCAUCGCUAUGGAGCUAUGUGAAACACUAAGUGGAUUGCAUCACGCGGAGUUGGUUGCUGGAUGCACUUCAUCCUCGUGCUUUGGUAUUGAUGAUUUUGGGCACAUCUCUAUUGACCUAAAUCAAGUAUUGACCAUUGGAAGGAGACUCCAAGAGGCUGUUGUAUCAAAUGACAGCCUGAGCAGUGUUAUUUCAGAGAUCAAUGCAUUUCCUAGCCCGGAGUUGUUAAUAGAGUUUCUACGAAAAGAGGGUACUGUGGACCUGGAGUUUCCGUGCACAGUUGGGUAUAGUUCAGAUUUAUGGUCGUUAGUCUGCGUACUACUUUGGUUUCUACUAGGAAAGCCUUUUGUUGAGGAGACAUGUGACUUUUUGUGUAAUUAUUUACAUAAAUUGGUCAAGGGGAAUGUUUGUGACUGUGAAGGGCUACAUGUGGCUUGGUUGGAUAAAGUUUCCAGCUUGUUGGAUAGCAAGUUGGAUUCAAGCUAUGUAUUGAUGAAGGAGUUGUUGUGCAAAUGUCUGUGUCAUGACCCAGGGACUAGACCCCUUGUAAACGACCUUUGGAAAUGCAUGAGGGAAUUGAUUAUCAGUCCAAAGUAUGAUGUAACUCUAACAAAAACUACAACAGGAAGCACAUGCCAUUGCUUGCUUCUGGGAGACUUGUUGUGGUCGUCAAAUAAAGUUGACGAUAACAAGGGCAUGAUGAAUAAAACUUCAGUGGUUAGGAGUGAUGUCAUUGAGGGUGUUUGUAAGAAUUCUCUUGCAUGUACCGAGUUGAAAGGUCAUCUUGACUGCAUCUCCGGGUUAGCUAUUGGGGGGGGUUUCCUUUUCAGCUCCUCGUUUGAUAAAACAAUCAAUGUGUGGUCCCUCGAGGGUUUAAAUCAUGUACGCACAUUGAAGGGUCAUGAGCAUAAGGUGAUGGCUUUAGUUUUUGUAGAGAGGGAAGUACCAUUAUGCAUAAGCGGUGAUAAUGGGGGGGUCAUAUUCAUUUGGGGCAUUGAGGACGAGAAGCCAAUCAGAAGAAUGAAUGAGGAAAAAGAUUGGCGUUACAGUGGUAUUCAUGCCCUUGCAGCAGCUGUUUCUGGAUCUGAUUAUUUUUAUACAGGCAGUGGGGAUAAGUCAGUAAAGGCCUGGUCGAUGCAUGAUUAUAGUCUGUCAUUUACUAUGAAUGGUCAUAAAUCAGUGGUGUGUACAUUAGCAGUUUGUAAUGGGGUUCUUUAUAGUGGGAGCUGGGACGGAACCAUCCGCUUAUGGUGUCUUAGUGAUCACAGUCCGUUAGCGGUGUUAGGUGAAGAAGACACAUCCACAUGUGGCUCUGUUUUAUCGCUUGCUGCUCACACUCACACUCUCGUUGCGGCUCAUGAAAAUGGACACAUAAAGGUAUGGAACAAAGACGUGCCCUUAAACCCCCCAAUAUCCGCACACUCAAGCUCCAUUUUCUCAAUCUGUAUGGAAGGACAAUGGUUAUUUAGCGGUGGUUGGAACAAGAGUGUUGUUGUACAGAAACUCUCACUUGGUGAUGAGUCUCAAGUAGAUGUCACAGAGGUGGGAAGUAUUGCUGGUGACUCGGUUAUAACUGCUUUGCAUUAUUGGCAGGGGAGGCUUUUUGUUGGGCAUGCAGAUAGAACAAUCAAGAUAUACAGUUCUGGAGGAUGACUCAAAAUUCUUUAUGGAGACGUAUGCAGGAUAAGGUGGAUGGUGAACAAUGUUUGUUAGGAGUAACGGAAUCUUGUAUAGAAAUAUUUGUAUCUAGAUACAAUGUUUAUUUAAUAUAAACAUUAAAUAAAAAGUUUAUGUUAUGGCAGAAGGGGGUUAAUUUUUUUUU